AUUUUCCAGGCAUUAACCACGUGCGACUCUGAGUAACGCAAACAAGUUUGGGCCGCCCCUUUUUCCACACAUUUCAUAAAGGACAAACAGGUCCGGCAGCGUGCUUAUUGUUUGCACAUACUUUUCUUUUACACAGCAGUCUGAGUUUGAGCUGUGCUGCUAUAAAGAACUAGAAUGACCAUUCAUAAUUUCUCUAUUGAAUACGACGCCAUCAACAGCAACAACCUCUUCACAAAUGGAGAUACCAUAAAUGGAAGAAUAAUUUUAGAAGUCUCAAAGGAGAUUAAGAUUCAAGCGCUUGUUUUCAUAGCACAGGGAGAGGCGCGUGUCUGCUGGCAUGAACAGUAUGGACAAUAUGUGACUAUGGUGUACACCUCUAAGGACAAGUACUACAGCGUGGAACAUAACAUCCUCAGAGAGACCAGACAUGAUGAUGCUGACAUUGGUCCAGGGAGACAUGUGUUCCCCUUUUCAUUCAAGAUUCCUGAUAGAAAAAUGCCAUCAACGUUUAAAUCCAGUGUGGGUAAAAUUGUGCACAAGUUGAAGGCAGAGCUUAAGCAGUCCAUGAAGAUCACAAAAACUGCCAAAACACACUUCACAUUUGUGUCACAAGCGGACAUGGACAUACCUGGACUUCUGGAACCUCAAUACGGCUGCAAAGAUAAAACCAUCAGUGCUUUUGGAUCCGGGACUGUUGCCAUUGAUGUCAGCACAGAGAGACUGGGAUACUGGCAAGGUGAAGUUCUGCAGGUCACGGCUGAGAUUAAAAACCAGUCCUCUCGUAUGGUCAAGCCUAAACUGGUUUUGUACAAAAAGAAGAGUUAUUUUGCUGAGGGUAAGAGGAGGAUGAACACGUCUGACAUCCUGAAGGAGAAGUGUGAUCCAGUGGAGUCUGGCUCUAACAAAACUGUGACUAAGAGCAUCACGAUUCCAAAGGAACUGCCCCCAUCUAUACUCAACUGCAGUAUCAUCAAACUGGAGUACAGACUCAAGAUCCUGCUGGACAUCACAUGUUCGAGUAACCCUGAGAUCAAGUUACCUAUAGUUGUUUUGCCUGAACAAAACAGCCACACAGACAUGAACAAACACUCGGCUAAACUAAAGGGAUUUGAAGCUUCAGCCCAGCCCAGUCCACAGAACAUUUACCAUCCACCUGUUCAGGCCUUGGCCCAGCCCAUCCAGAGUUCAGCACAGCCACAGCCUGCUGCUGCAGCGGACUCAGACCCUCCUUCUUAUGGAUCCCUGUACCCCUCCUACCCCCACACAGACCAGAACUGGAGCCAGUUUUAACCGACCUUCUUUAACAUAGUAUGGCUAAGGGGAAGAGUGCUGCCAGUCUGAGUUACUCAGUAUGACAUGAUAUCCACUGCCCUUUUCUUUUGAUUGUUUGUGGUAUUUUAUUUUCCUUUUCACAGUCUGUCUUGUGUUGCCUUGAAAAGCUCUCACUGAAUACAGUAAAAAGCAAAUAGUUAUUUGCACAUAGCUGAUUUGUGCACUUUAAC